GUUGCCUGGCUCGUCACGGCACCGAGCCAGGCGACACCGAGCCCCUCUGGGUUGCACAGUACUCCGACUGAUCAAUUCGAGGCGCGACAAGACCCCCAAGAUGUUGCCCACAACGAUCCACGCCUCCCCGGCCCUGGGCGACUUCACGCCCCUCUCAGAGUACCAAUCCACGACCCCAGAAACCUUCCACGGCGGAAAGCCCGUCCUCCACUACCACGCGACAGGCGCGAAGGCAUGGAUCCCUAAAGACCAACAGAGCGCACUGCCGCUCUUCCCAACCGACUCUCCGGUCUCCGAGGGAGACUCGGGCGAGAUUGUCUCGCAAGAUGAUGUCGAGCUGUUUGUCAAUUCAGAAACCCUCACCAUCUUCAACCGCAAGUCAGGCACCGGCGUGCAAAUACCAUACCCCUCGAUAGCCCUGCACGCAAUGCAGCACAAGGCCGAGCCCUCCUCCUCCACCACCACCACCACCACCACCGCCGCCGGCAACGGCACCAGCGACGCCGAGUCCGCCAAGGCUCCCUGCAUCCUCCUGCAGCUGGACCUGUCCGACGGCGGCGCGGACGACGAGACCUUCGACACCGCGCAGCUGACCAUCAUCCCGCCGCCCGCGUCAACGGACCUGUCCUCCGCCGCGGAGGAGGGCUCGAGCCCGCGCUCCGAGCAGGAGAAGCUGUUCGACGCCAUAACCGCCUGCCAGAACCUGCACCCGGACCCGGCGGAGGACGAGGACGACGAGGACGACGACGGGGAGGACUACGCGGACAGGAUCAUCUUCGAGAGCAGCGUGGACGGCAGCGGCGAGGCCAUAGAGGGCCUGCCCGGCGCGUUCAGGGGCAACGCGACCGGUGGCCUGCCGCCUCCGAUGCCUGGCAGCAGCGGGUGGAUCACGGCGGAGAAUGUCAAUGAGUACUUUGACGAGGACGGGAAUUGGAUCGGUGACGGUGACAAGAACGGGGAUGCAGAGGGCGAGGAGCUGGGGGAUGGGGCGGGGACGGUCAGGAGUCGCGAUCCUGAUGGCGCUGAGGAGGGUGAGAACAAGCGUCCGCGGACUGACUGA